AUGGUAAUCCUAGUUUUUUUCUAUUUUCUGUCGCCUAAAUUAGCAAUUGAUUAUUGUAAAACCUUAACCCAAGAAAAACAAGCGAUGCAAGCUGAAAUUCAGAGACUUAAAAGUAGAAUUUUAGAGUUAAAUGAGGGUAUAAAUAAAUGUCAUCAACAAUUACCUGUGACUGGUGCUACUGUUACCCAGCAGCGAGCUGAUCAAUUACGGCAAAAAUUUGACGAAUACGUUAAAAAAAGGACUUUAAGCAAUUAUAAAUUCUGGAUUUUUAGCAUCAUUAUUAGGCCGUUGUUCGAGUCAUAUAGCAACACUGCUGUAACAUCAAGCUAUGAUGAAUUCUACCGAACAAUGCAAGCAUGGAUGGAUCAGCACUGCACUCUUGUUCAAUUGAGACCAGUUGUCAUGGCCGCGCUUUGUCAGCUAAGUACCGAUACGGAUAUACUAUCGAAUCCAUCAUUAGUUCCUGUUCAGGCUGUAGAAGCUGCAAAAAAAUUAUUAGUUGAAAAUUAA